GGUUUCCAUCCUUUCGUCGCUCCGUGACCAUCCGCAUACCCGCGCCAGCCCCGACCCAGCAGUCGCCUCCCACCAUCCAGCACCGGUCCGUGGACUGCAACGCCCUCUCUCUCCCUUCCGCUGAUCGAUCCAUCUCCGUCGGCAUCCAGGCCCGCCCCGUUCCAACCCCACCACAGCCAUGUCCAGCGAGCCCAAGACGCUGCAGCGGACCUUGACCAGGGCCACCCCCCGCAAGCAGCAGACCUGCAAGCUCCCGUCCUCCGGCAACUUUGUCAUCCGCACCCCUGUCGCUCAGGAGAUCCUGGAUGGCGCCGAAUACCCCAGCGGCGAGGAGUUUGUCACCACCCAAUACACUGCAUGCACCUGCGACCCAGACGAAUACACCGCAAAGGGAUACAACCUCCGCAUCAAGAAGCUCGCCCGAGACAUUGAGAUCUUUGUCGUCGUCACCAUGUACAACGAGGACGAGUUCCUCUUCAAUCGGACCAUGUUUGCCCUGGCCCAGAAUAUCAAGUAUCUUUGCCAGAAAGAGAAAUAUGGCUGGUCGAGAGACUCGUGGAAGAAAGUUGCCGUCUGUAUCGUCGCUGAUGGCCGCACAAAGGUCAAUGACGGUGUCCUGAAGGUUCUCGAGACCAUGGGCGUUUACCAGGACAGCUUGGCCCAGUCCAAAGUUGACGACAAGGAAGUCCAGGCUCAUAUCUACGAGUACACGGCCCAACGGGUCCUCGACGAAAAGCUGCGCUUUUGGGGCGCCGCCGAGGGCAUUCCUCCGAUCCAGACCAUCUUCUGUAUGAAGGAGAAGAACGCCAAGAAGAUCAACUCGCAUCGAUGGUUCUUCAAUGCCUUUGCCUCCACGCUCAACCCAGAAGUUUGCGUCCUCCUCGAUGUCGGCACAAAGCCUGAUGCCGGGUCGCUCUACAACCUCUGGAAGGCCUUCUUCCGCAACGACCAGAUUGCCGGUGCCUGUGGUGAAAUCCGUGCCGAUCUCGGCUCUGGUAUCGACUACUUCAAGAACCUGUGCAACCCCCUCGUUGCCAGUCAAAACUUUGAGUACAAAAUCUCCAACAUUCUGGAUAAAUCACUUGAGAGUGUCUUUGGAUACAUUUCGGUCUUGCCCGGCGCCUUUUCUGCCUACCGCUUCUCGGCCCUUCAAAACACCGGCCCGGGCGUCGGUCCGCUUGCCAAGUAUUUCGAGGGCGAGGCUCGCGUUGGACAGGCUCGAGACAACUCGCUCUUCUCGGCAAACCUCUAUCUCGCUGAGGAUCGUAUCCUGUGUUUCGAGCUGGUCUCCAAGAAGGACUCGCGGUGGACUCUCCACUAUGUCCGCAAAGCCCAUGCCGACACCGAUGUCCCAGACUCUGUCCCAGAGUUUCUGUCGCAGCGCCGUCGCUGGCUGAACGGCAGUAUGUUUGCUGGCUUCUAUGCCAUGGCUCACAUCUCGAGGAUGUGGCAGACAAAGCACAGCUUUGCCCGUAAAAUCGCCUUCACCAUCCAGUUCUUUUACAACGUCAUCAACCAGAUCUUUUCGUGGUUUAUCCUCGGCAACUUCGCGACCACGUUCUUCUUCUUGUUCCAGCAGCUCCAGCAGCUGCUCGAUAUGUCGACCGACACCACGCUGCCCAGCAUCCAAAAGAAGAUCAUCUCAGUCAUCAUCAAUGUUGCCGCCCUCUCGUACCCGGUGGUCCUGGUCUCGCUCUUUAUCGUCUCGUUUGGCAACCGGCCCCAAGCCUUCCAUCGGGUCUACAAAUACGUCAUGAUGGGCUUUGGUGUCAUUGGCGCAGCCAUGAUUGUCUUGCUGGUCGUCAAGGUGACGGGCCUGAACGUCUUUUCGUACAACCAAACCCGCAGCGACUACGACCAGUUCUUCCAGCACUUUGGCCAAGUCACCCAGUCCUGGAACUCGACCUCGGAUACGGGCGAGCUCCUCCUCGGCGCGGUCCUUGAGCGCAUCCGUGAAGUCUACAGCGACCGGGUCUACGACAACCUGCAAAAGUCCCAGUUCCAGAGCUACACCUACAUUGCCACGCUGGCCUCGACCUUUGGCGUCUUCUUGGUGGGCAGCAUCAUUCAAGGCGAUGUCGCCCACAUGUUUACAUGCUUGAUUCAGUAUCUUUUGCUCCUGCCCUCGUUCAUCAAUGUCCUGACGGUCUAUGCCCUCUCCAACCUCCACGACGUGUCGUGGGGAACCAAGGGUGAUUCCAAGGCAGAAGCCCUUCCUCAGGCUUCGACCAAGACAGUCGACGGCAAGAUCGUGGCUGAUGUGUCCAUCGGCAGCAAUGCCGAGGAUGUCUCUGCCCGCUACGCCGACAUCAUCCGCGAGCUCGUCGAUAAGCAGAAUGCCCCAAAGGAGGCUAAGCAAAAGGUCGUUCUGAGCCAAGAGGACGAGUACAAGGGCUUCCGCACAUGGCUGAUGCUGAUCUAUAUCGCCAGCAACGGACUGCUCUUUGCCAUCUCCAUCAACACCUCCUCGGAUCUGUUCUUCCUGAUCCUGCUCUCUACAAUCGCCGGCAUCAGCUCGAUGAAGCUGCUGGGCGCCAUUGUGUUUGCCAUCCUGCGGGUCUUUACGGAGCUCUCGCCCUUUGGUCGGUCCCAGCGCCAAAGAAAGGCUGCCGACCACGACCACGACCACGAUGUGGAGUACCAGUCCGUCAACAGCGACAAGAGCAGCAAGCAGGGCGGGCGAGGCCUGUUCGGCGCCAAGCCAGACGGACGGCCCUCAUACACCGUCUCAUUCGGCAACACACCCUCGGCCGAGCCCGGAUACGAGAUGAUCGGCCGGGGUCGGGACACCGAUACCGAGAGCCAUCGCAGUUCCGUUGCGCUGGUGUAAGCCGCCGCUGCCGCCGGUGGCAAUCUCGGAAUUGUGAGGCUGUGUGUGGGGCGAGAUCUGGCUGGUCGUCAAUCUCCUUUCGCGUUUCUUGCUGUUGUCGUUUUUCCCCCUUUCUUCCCUGACUUGGUU